UUAAUUCUUUUCCUGGAAAAAAAAAAUUGUCCCUCCAGCCCCUUUCAAUCCCCAAAAAUGGAUUGCCAUGUUGACUGAAUUAUCGGCACUCUGCCUGUUACUCAAAGAUCAUGAAAUGCUGCCAUUGCAGCGAUAGUCACCGUUCUGGACGGGAAAGUCAGCUAUUACAGUGAAGGAGACUCAGGUUUGGCAUUGCCAAAUCUGUUUUGACUCAGUUACAGCCUGAUCUUUACUUGGUAUAGAGGGUGGAAAAGUCUUGCGAAAAUUAAAAGGAAGAACCAAAGGAGGAAUGCCUGAUUCUUGCGCAGAUCGGAGCAUACCUGAAUGCCCCCAAGGUCUCAAAAAAUGGAUGUCCAUAACUUACAAUAUAAUUCUGCCUUGGUAUUGCUGACUCAAACCACAGAAGCCCAAAGAAGUGGGGAAGUGGAAUAAAAUACUCAAGAGUGCCAGAGGAAAAUAUCAAACUGUCCAAUGAAAACUACUGUUACUAAGGUGUAGAUUGCUCCUGCAGUGUAUAAAUGUGUGUGUGCAAAAAAGCUGUGCAUCAAAAGCCUACCAAUCCUAGUAUUUGCCAGGUUUCUUCAUUGAGAAGAACUUCAAACUAAAAACCUUAACUCUUGCUUUUAAGAAAUAAACAAAAACAGGAAAAGAGUCAGCAAGGAUUCACAAUAUUUCUGUCUUUUGGUCAAGUCACCAGAAUAUUAUGAGAAUUCUAUUUGAUGGUGUAAACUACAUUUCUCCUUUUCAUCAUGGAAGUUAUAGUAAGUUUAGACUGUCUCUGCAAUAUCAAAUGAUUAAGACAAAUGUUGAAAGGAACAUUUUUUUUGGCUGAUGUAACUUUGGUGUGACUAUUUUUAAAAAAAAAUCAUGGUUUCAUUCCCUUUUUAAGUCUGUGGGGAUGCUCUUGGAAAGGUAUGAAAAAGAAAAUCAGCUUUUUGGAGGGGGACUCGAAAUCUUAUAAGAAUGCCCAGAAGGGGUUUAAUAUUUCAAGCCAGGACCCGUUGGCUAUUGGUGGGUCUUGCCUUGCUAUUCAGUUUAAUGUUGUUCAUGUACCUGCUUGAGUGUGCUCCACAAACAGAUGGCAGUGGAUCUCUGCCUGGCAUUGUAGGGGAGAACUUGGGUAAAGAAUAUUACCAAGCUCUUCUACAGGAACAAGAGGAACACUAUCAAACCCGGGCUACUAGUCUGAAGCGUCAGAUUGCUCAGCUGAAACAAGAGCUUCAGGAAAUGAGUGAUAAGCUGAAAUUGCUGCAGGAAAAAAAGAGCCCAAGAGUCAAUGGCAUGGGCUACCAAGGCACCAAAGAACAAGCAUCCAAUGAUCUCCUAGAGUUUCUUCAUUCCCAAAUUGACAAGGCUGAGGUGAGCAUUGGCGCCAAGCUACCUAGUGAAUAUGGUGUCAUUCCUUUCGAAAGCUUUACCUCCAUGAAAGUGUUCCAGUUGGAGAUGGGCCUCACUCGACACCCAGAGGAGAAACCUGUUAGAAAGGAUAAGCGAGAUGAGUUGGUGGAAGUUAUUGAGGCUGGCCUAGAGGUAAUCAAUAAUCCGGAUGAAGAAGAUGGACAGAAUGAUGAAGGAAUAGGAGAGAGACCGCUCUAUAAUGAAAAUGAUUUCAUAGAAGGUUAUUAUCGCACAGAAAGAGAUAAGGGAACACAAUAUGAAUUGUUUUAUAAGAAGACGGAUCUUAUGGAAUACAGACAUGUCACGCUAUUCCGACCAUUUGGACCCCUCAUGAAAGUGAAGAGUGAAACAGUUGACAUUUCUAGAUCGGUUAUUAACGUUAUUGUCCCUCUUUCUGGAAGAACUGAGGCAUUUGCACAAUUCAUGCAAAACUUUAGGGAUGUGUGUAUUCAUCAGGACAAGCGGAUUCACCUCACAGUGGUAUACUUUGGCCAAGAUGGGCUAUCUGAAGUGAGGAGCAUCCUGGAGUCAGUAGCUCGAGAAACUAAUUUUCACAAUUACACACUGGUCUCUUUGAAUGAGGAAUUUAAUCGUGGACGAGGAUUAGACAUGGGUGCCAGAGCCUGGGAAAAAGGCGAAGUGUUAAUGUUCUUCUGCGAUGUUGAUAUUUAUUUCACAGCUGAGUUCCUUAACAGUUGUCGCUUGAAUGCUGAACCAGGCAAGAAAGUUUUCUAUCCUGUGGUAUUCAGCCUUUAUAAUCCUGCUAUUGUGUAUGCCAACCAAGAUGUACCACCCCCUGUGGAGCAGCAAUUGGUUCACAAAAAGGAUUCUGGCUUCUGGCGGGAUUUUGGCUUUGGAAUGACUUGUCAAUAUCAGACAGAUUUCCUGACUGUCGGGGGGUUUGACUUGGAAGUGAAAGGCUGGGGUGGAGAGGAUGUUCACCUUUACAGAAAGUACUUGCAUGGAGACCUUAUUGUGAUCCGGACCCCAGUUCCAGGCCUGUUUCACCUCUGGCAUGAGAAGCAUUGUGCUGAUGAGCUGACUCCAGAGCAAUAUCGCAUGUGUAUCCAGUCUAAAGCCAUGAAUGAAGCAUCUCACUCACACCUUGGAAUGCUGGUCUUCAGGGAGGAGAUUGAGACCCAUCUCCGUAAACAGGCCUAUAGGACUAACAGUGAAGCAAUAGAUUAAAAGAAUUCUUAAUGCAAGACCGAAGACUUUCAACUCACAAUGAACCAGCAUCAUUCUACAGCCUUAAUUCAGCUUACACAUUCAGUGCCUCUCUUUCAGUGAAGAAGAGUUUAACUUCUUUGUCUGGUAUUCUGUUACCUAUAUAUAUAUAUCUCUCACUAGUUCAGGCACCUGAGAUAAGAACUUUUGAAAGUAAUUAUUUCAAUGCAAGUUUCUUCAGUAUUAACUUUAUGGAAAAAUAUAGCAGCAGAAUGUAUGAUCUAACACUUUUUCACCUCCUUAUAACUUUUUUCAUAUUUGCAUUAUUGUAAGGCAAGGAUUGCAUUAAGUGGACAAUAUUUUGUCUUGUCUGCCAAGUAUUGUUUCACCGUCUUGCUCGCUGCACUGUAACUUUAUAAAGAUACCGUACUUACACAUUCCAGGAUAAAAACUAAACACACAUGACCAUGAAACUCACUGGAAAUAUGUACACAAGAGCUUAAUUAGUAUGUUAAUAAGGUUGCUGAUUUCAUGGCAAUUUAAUUGAAUUCAUUGUAUUAACAGCCAUCCAUAUAAUUCACAUUAGAGAAGAAUUUAUAGAAAAAAGGGAUGUAUGAAAAUAUCAAUGCAAAAGUAAGCUGGACAUGUACCAUUUGCUUACCCUAGCUGCGGGCCAAAAAAAUUCCUUUCAUGUUUCAGGAUGCGCAAAGACAAGCAGUUUAAAUAAAAGCGGGUUACUUGUCUUCUGUUGCGUCGUAUGGUAUGAUUAGAUGCAUCAUUUUUAAUAUCCUUGGUUUUCAGAUGAAUGUUGAGAUUCACUAAUUUAGUGGGGAGUGUGGGGGAUUUGCAUCUGCAGUCUCCAAAUUUAGGAAUUAGUUUAAAACCAUUCACUAAAUCAACAAACUUUGGAUCUGUUUUUAAAAAUCUGUUUAAAUUUCAAACACUUAAGGGCAAGUAAAGAUUAAAAUAUGUGACUUCUGGAUGCAAAAUAUGCUUUGUAAAAUAAUGCUGUUCGCUGAUCCUUUUUUACAUGUACAUAAAAUUUGCUUUUAUGUAACUUAUUGUGGAAAACAGUGUACUGUAUUGUGUUUUAAAGAGGGGAGAAUGUAAUGCAAGAUGUCUUACAAUUGGUAUUCCCUCUGUGAUGAAUGAAUAAAUUAAAUAUUUCUGCAUUUUA